CCACCCUGGCCAAAGUUCCUAGCCACUGACAGCCCUUCACAUUUAGCAUUUUCAGUCACUCUCAUCAGGCUCUCUUAACCAAGGGCUGCAUUUCCAAAAGAACAAGACCCUUGCCAACAAACUUGAAAUUCAGCAGUCCCACAGAAGGGGGACUAAAGGAGCUGUUACUUUCCCACUAUUUCCAGAACAGGUCUGUGUCACACUGUUUACAUCAUGCAUCAUUCAUCUGCUGUGAUGAAAUGUAACCCUGUGUUUUAAAAAAAGACUUUGCAACAGUGAGGAUACUCUAUCUUUGUGAGAAGCAUGUCACAUAUUUUCCAUAGGCAUCAACUGCUCCUGCUUCUAUUUAAAUCUGUGUGGCCCUCUUCAGAGGGCAUUAUUCCCUCCAGGAAGGCCAUUCAGAAGGUGCUGAGCAGAAGGAGGGGAGAAGCCAGGAUGGCAGCAGACAGCAGCAUGGCUCCCGAAGAAAAGCCGAGCGCGGCUCCUGUGAGAAGGGCUGUCCACAAGAUCCGGAUGGCCAGCCAGGUCUUCAGCUUGGCACGAGGCUGGCAGCAGUGGGCAUCUGACCACCAUGGAAAGCAAGAGCAAGAGCCCUCUGGAUGGGUCCCCACUGCAGAAAGCUCAUCAGCUCAGCCUGUACAAGAAAGUUCCUUUGAAAAAUGGCAAAUUCCAUCCGUCAAGAGGGACCAAGAAAAAGAUGAUGAAAAAUCCUUAGCAAAGGAUUCAGUGACAAAAAGAGAUGCUGAAAAAAAAUCAAGGGAAUCAGAUGAAGACCUCAAAAUGUUCAGCAUUAAAAGCAAAGAGGUGACCAAAACAGUUGUCAGCAAAGCCUAUGAACGAGGAGGCGAUGUCAGCCUCCUCAGUGAAAGAUACGAAAACAACAACAGCAGCUCCGAGAUGACCAAACUCAAAGAAGAAUCAAAUGCUAUUGACAAAAUUCUUAGCAACAAAUUACCUUCAACCAUAAGGAGGAAGUGUUCAAAUGUAGUAUCAGAGAUGACCAAGGGCUGGGAGAAGAUGGAAGACGAGAACAAAGAUGGGGCCAAGAGAGAGCUGCUGCUGAAGUGCCAUGAUGACAGCCUGGAUGCCCAGGACAGUGGCUAUGGGGAAGCAGAGGACAAGCUCGAGCCGGAGGACAGUGACCAGGAGGUGACAGCUGUGAGGAUUAAACGCCCUGUCCCAUCUCUCGCCAGCCGGCUGAGCGAGGAGGCGCGGAGCAAGGCGCGCAGGAAGUGCAGCGCCGUGCACAGCCUCAAGGACAGGUGGCAGGAAUGGGCCGACCAGCACAUCAUAACGCAGAAGCUGAACCCCUUCAGCGAGGAGUUUGACCACGAGCUGGCCAUGUCCACGCGCCUGCACAAAGGGGAUGAAGGGUACGGCCGCCCAAAGGAAGGCACCAAAACUGCCGAGAGAGCCAAGCGAGCUGAGGCGCACAUCCACCGGGAGAUCAGGGACUUGUGCUUCAUCAUCGAGUCCAUGGCCAAGCCGCGGCCCGACGGCAAGAUCCAAGUCACUUUUGGGGAACUCUUCGACAGAUACGUUCGUAUUUCAGAUAAGGUUGUUGGGAUUCUCAUGAGAGCCAGGAAACAUGGGUUGGUGGACUUUGAAGGAGAAAUGUUAUGGCAAGGAAGAGAUGAUAAUGUCAUCAUUACUUUAUUAAAAUAAGUUAGGCUAUAAUCAGAACAACUUUGGAAAACUUUUCUCUUCUCCCUUGCCAUUAGCAUUUGCACAUUUUGAACAUAAGGUUCCCUUGUUCACCACAAAGAAAAGUGUAUUUUUUGAAAUAUGCAUUUUAUAACUAGUGCAUGAAAACCCAAACACCCAAAUGGACUUCAUUUUGUACCAGAAGUGCUUUCAGGACAAUUAAGUUAAUUACUACAUUAAAAAAAUAAGGAGAAAAAGCUAUAUGGAAUAUAAGCAGCUGAUGAUAAAAGUCCAUAGCAAUAUAAAUAGCUACAGGAAUAUGAAACAUGUCAGAUCAGAAGCUGAAUGACAAAAUAAACUCAG